GCAUUGAAGCAGACCAUGGCCCAGACGAAGGAGACCCAAAAUGGCACCCAAGAGGAAGUCGACUGCCACGUUGCAUCGGGGGAUUCCUGUCACCUUGUGUCACAUGACGUGGGGCUUUCUGGGUCCUGUACCAUAAAUUCAAAGCCAAAGACUCUUCCUCUCUCCCAUUGCUUUCUGAAGUUCAGAAGCCUGAGAACUUUUCAUCUCUCUUGCCGCCUUGCCUGUCACUGUGUGCUGUUUGGGUGGGUGCGGGCGGCAAUACCGACACCACCAGCGGAGACAAUCGUUGUGUCACUUGCGGUAUUCGUGGGGGCCAAAGAAAGCAAGAGAGGAUGCGGUGCUAAAUAUAGAAGGCGGGGUAGAGUGAGAGAUUUUAGUGGUAUUUAUUUGCUCUUGCUAGCUAACAAAGGGUUGUUUGCUCUUGUUGUGAACUCCAGAGAGAAAGAGGAGAGGAGGAGGAUGGGGUCUUCUGGGAUGGCUGCGGGCAUGGGAGGGAGUAGCUGCUGCUCUGGUGCAAAUGACCAAGGAAGAGGAGACGGGGAUGGCCACAUUGAUACCGAGCUAUGGCGCGCUUGUGCCGGUCCCCUCGUUACCGUUCCUCUUGUCGGGGAGAAGGUCUUCUACUUUCCUCAGGGUCACAUGGAGCAGGUUGAGGCUCACACAAAUCAAGAGGACAACCGGCAAUUGCCAAUCUACGGUUUGCCUUACAAAAUACUUUGCCGAGUUGUAAAUGUCCAGUUAAAGGCAGAACGAGACACCGACGAAGUCUUUGUGCAUGCGACGCUGCUUCCAGAACACAAGCAACAGGAUGAGGGUGUUUCCAGGAAUAAAGCUGUGCGAACCUCAAUUGCAAAGCCAUGCGUGCGUUCCUUCUGUAAGAUUCUCACUGCCUCUGAUACUAGCACACAUGGAGGUUUUUCUGUUCCAAAGCGACAUGCUGAUGAGUGUCUCCCCCCACUGGACAUGACCCAGCAACCCCCAGUGCAAGAGCUUGUUGCAAAGGAUUUGCAUGGUGUAGAAUGGAGCUUUCGCCAUAUCUUUCGUGGUCAGCCGAAGCGGCACUUGCUGACAACCGGUUGGAGUACAUUUGUGAAUGCGAAAAAGCUUGUUGCAGGGGAUGCUUUUAUUUUCCUCAGAAGUGAAAACGGGGAACUUCGUGUUGGAGUUCGUCGGGCAAUGAGGCAACAUAACAGUGCAUCUGCAUCGGUCAUAUCUGGUCAAAGCAUGCAGCUUGGUCUGCUUGCAUCUGCAUCGCAUGCAAUCACCACUGGGACUAUGUUCAGUGUUUAUUAUUGGCCUAGGCGUAGUCCAGAGUUCGUAAUUCCUUACAAUCAGUAUGUGGAAUCUACAAAGAACAACUAUUCAAUUGGAAGGAAAGUCCGAAUGAAGUUUGAAGGAGAAGAAGAUCAAGAAGAAAGAAUUACAGGUACAAUAAUCAGUAUAGAAGACACAGAUCCAGCAACUUGGCCUGGUUCAGAGUGGAGGUGUUUCAAGGUCCACUGGGAUGACACAUCCACUAUUAUACGCCCACAGAGAGUGUCCCCAUGGAAUGUUACUCCAUUUGUAGCUGCAGCAGCACAACCUCCAUUUGUACCGCGAUCCAAGAGGCGUGCUACUCAUCUGCCAUCUCCUCCUGAUCCGUCUGCCCUCAUUAGGGAUGGCCCCCUAAAAGUCUCCAAUGAACCUGCUCCUAGAUUAUGCGGGGUCUUGCAAGGUCAAGAAAACUUGGUACCAGCACUAGGAUACAUUGGUGACUAUCUUGAACAGGGGACUGCUCACAAGAUUCUGUCUUCUCAACGAAUACCUCCAUCCAGUCCUAAUGCUGGAAGAAGCAAUGAAUCGAUCAAUUCUCACAGAGAGAUGGGAUUAGAGGACUGGACAUGCUCUCUGAGGCCUCAGCCUUGUUUUCAUGAAACCUAUGCAAACGGUGGUAUCUCAGAGACUUCAUGGCUUGAUAGCUAUUGGCAACGAAUGCUUCCCACUUCAAUUGACCUGGGGGCAUCGCGAGCCAAACCCAAUAGGUUUCAGGAUAUGGAGGUUUUUAAGUCCAGGGAUACAGUAGAGAAUCCAACAACUGAACCAAUAGCAAUGUCCAGUAGCCUUUGCAAAGAACAUAUGAGUCCAAAUGGGUUCAAGGAAGUGGAAAAGAGCAUGUACCUGGAAACAGGAGAGCCUUCAGGAGUAAAACCAGUUUCCAUGAUUAAGAUCUUUGGUGUCGAACUGUUUGAGAACCAUGUUGGUCCCAUCAUGUCUCAUGUUGCCUAUUCUGAUGGGCUUCCAAUCUCAUACAAUGCACUUCCUGCAACUGUACCACACAUGGCUUUAAGUGAACCUGACAUGUUUUCUGAGCCUUCAAAGAGUACAAAGCCAUCUGAAUGUAGUGUUUCUGAUGGCUUCCUGGCACAAUCAUCCACAAAUCAACCUGUUACUGCUCGAAGUUGCACCAAGGUUCACAAGCUGGGAACUGCUCUUGGGAGAUCUGUUGACCUAUCAAGAUUUGAUGGGUAUGAAAGCCUAAUUGUUGAGCUUGACCAUAUGUUUGAAUUCAAGGGUGGUUUGGCAGACCGCGGCAGUGGUUGGCAGGUCAUUUACACCGACAAUGAGGGGGACAUCAUGAUGAUCGGAGAUUAUCCUUGGCCGAAAUUUUGCUCCAUGGUGCGUAAGAUAUACAUUUAUCCCAAAGAGGAGGUCAAGAAGUUGAAGCCAUGCCUACUUAACACUAAUAGACACCUAGAAGAAUUGGCUGCAGGCAAGAAGACAGCCUGUGCAUAUAAUGUUUCAGGUUGAAAUGAAAGCAUGUGUAUCAGAUAUGUUAUUUUGUAUGUAUGAAACCAACUGCUGUUUUAUCGUUUUCAUGAAUUGUUUUGAUUGUUGUGGUCAUCUGCUGAGACAGAUGGGGAAAUUCAAAUUGCAAACUGGACAUACUGAACCUUUUCAGGUGAAGAGUGGUUCAUCAACCUCAAAAAAAGGCCCUUUCCUGCUGA